CCGAUAUGACAUCCAUCCCUGCUGUAGCUACUAGCUGGGUGCCACAGUAUUGUGAGCAGCAUUCCCAUUUGCAGUCUUCAGAAAACGGGUCAUGGUGCAACAACCAGGAUAACUAUACGAAGACGUUAUGAUGGCAACAUCACCCCGUGAGCUCACACAGAACCCGCUGAAGAAAAUUUGGAUGCCCUAUAAAAAUGGUCUUCCAGAAAAACAUAUUUCUCAGAGAAAGGUAUGCAUGACCAACUGCCCCACCCUUAUUGUCACAGUGGGACUCCCGGCAAGAGGGAAGACUUACAUCUCCAAGAAGUUGACCCGCUACCUGAACUGGAUAGACGUACCCACCAAAGAGUUCAAUGUGGGGCAGUACCGGCGGGAGUGUGUGAAGAUCUACAAGUCCUUUGAGUUCUUCCGUCCAGACAAUGAGGAGGGUUUAAAGAUUAGGAAGCAGUGUGCAUUAGCAGCACUGAACGAUGUCCGACGGUACCUCAGAGACGAGGGUGGGCAGGUGGCGGUGUUUGAUGCCACCAAUACGACAAGAGAGAGAAGAGGGACCAUCAUGAAGUUUGCGGAACAGAAUGGCUAUAAGGUGUUCUUUGUGGAGUCUGUCUGUGAAGACCCUGAGGUCAUUGCACAGAACAUUGUGCAAGUGAAGCUGGGCUGCCCAGACUACAUAGACUGUAACACAGAGGAGGCCGUACAGGACUUCAUGAAGAGGAUAAAGUGCUACGAGAACUCAUACCAGCCUCUGGAUGAAGUUCUGGACAGGGAGCUGUCCUUCAUCAAGAUCAUGGAUGUGGGCCGGCGCUACCUGGUGAACCGGGUCCUGGAUCACAUCCAGAGCCGCAUUGUGUACUACCUCAUGAACAUCCACAUCACGCCCCGUUCCAUUUACCUGUGUCGGCACGGGGAGAGCGACCUCAACGUCAAGGGUCGCAUCGGGGGUGACUCUGGGCUGUCCCUGAGGGGCAAGGAGUUUGCCCGGUGUUUGGGGCGCUUCAUUGAGGACCAGAACAUCAGGGACCUGAAGGUAUGGACCAGCCAGAUGAAGCGGACCAUUCAGACGGCAGAGGCCCUGGGCAUGCCUUACGAGCAGUGGAAGGCCCUCAACGAGAUUGACGCGGGCGUGUGUGAGGAGAUGAUGUAUGAGGAGAUUCAGGAGCACUACCCACUGGAGUUUGCUCUGCGGGACCAAGACAAGUAUCGUUACCGCUACCCCAAAGGGGAGUCGUAUGAGGACCUGGUGCAGAGACUGGAGCCAGUCAUCAUGGAGCUCGAGCGUCAGGAGAACGUGCUGGUCAUCUGUCACCAGGCUGUCAUGCGCUGUCUCCUGGCCUACUUCCUGGACAAGUCUGCAGAGGAACUUCCUUACCUAAAAUGCCCUUUGCACACAGUCCUGAAACUCACUCCAGUGGCUUACGGCUGCAAGGUGGAAUCCAUUUGUCUGAACAUAGAGGCAGUGAACACCCACAGGGACCGACCAGAGAACGUGGCUGUGCAGCGCAGCAGAGAGGACGCCUUGCAGACCGUGCCUGCCCACCUAUGACCCCCCUCCAGGACCCCGACUUCACCCACGCGCCAGUCUGGACUGCCUCUGUCUGAGGAACUCAACACCCUGCAUGGUAGGACACCUGAACCCCAUUCCAGCCCCCUGCUGGGGUCAGCAGCCCGUAGCCUGCCCAGAAAACAACUACCUGCCUUCAUCUUUUUUUUCUUUUACAUACUUAUGAACGUACACAUUACAUUGUUAGUAAUGGCUAAUUAACCCAUUUUGGGUACAUGGUGUCAAAUGAUGUGAAUAAAAACUGAAAAUGCUGUGGGGUAAUAGCACUGAAACACAUUGGUCUGUCACCCUAACUGAUCACCGUUUUCCAAUCUCCUCAAAGGCAGCCUUUGGGAAAUGAAGAAUUUAUUUUAAAGUAAAAAAAAAUAUAUAAAAACCACUUGAUAAAUCGGCAAAGGUAUCGGAACUCAACUGCAGUCUAGAGUGACGUCCUAGAAUUUUAGUUCUUUCAUUCAUGUAUGCUACUAUUUGAGUGUGUGAUUAAGGAGUUCAUGGGGAAAAAAGGAUAUAUUAUAGUAUACACUGUCAGUGUAGUGCACUGAAUUUUCCUUUUGCAUUUGACUAAUGAAAUUUCCGUUCAACGUGUGUUUUGGCCUAGCCUACAUCUCAACUACAAAAGAGAAUAACAACAAUGUAUACCCCACAUUAUACUCUCACCAGCCACCAACAAUUCCUCAUAACGUUCUCCCAUAAGAAACCUUUUCCACACCACAAUAUCACUUCUCUAAGCUAAUCAUGUAUACAAAUGCAUUAUUUAAAACAAAUGGAAACUCACAAACACACACUCAACACCAGCAGAAAAUAAAUAAUAGUGUAUUACUGCAUAUAACACCAAGACUGACCACAAGUGAUUUUAUGUGUGGAAGAUGGUCCUGAUCAAAAGAAGCAGUGUUGCAAAAAGGAUUCUGAUUGGGAGAUUGUCCCUAUUACCUACAUAGUCCAGUGAAUUUUACAACUGGCUUGAAAAUUGAUCAGAAGUACUUCUGGGUGUUCAGUUUGCUGGUAAACCCACAUGAGUGUAUUGUUGGCAAGAACAAAAUGCGGGCAGGACUAUUACAGUAGACCUAUAUUAAAGUUUUAUGAGGAUAUAAUGCAUUGCGGUUUUAUUAAACAAUGGUGUUCUGUUUUGUCAUGUUGUGUACCAUCAUUAUAUGCUGAAAUUUUUCCUUCCAUCCAGCAUUGCUUUAUCAUCAUACCUACUUUUUGCUACUUUAACCCUUGUUUUUUUUAAGGUCGCUAUAACAUGGAAGCAAAUGUACUCAGAACUUUUAAUUGCAUGUUUAGUGGCAUAGGCGUGUUUUUGUUAAAAUUAUUUAAAGUACUGUUACUGCACAGCAGUGUUAUACAUUUAUCAAAAUGACACAAGCCUGUGUCUUCAGUCCACCAGGAAACAUGUAAACACUGAACACUCCUCUUGUAUUUGUCCUGCUAGAGCAGCUAUUGUCUUUCUUGUUGUGCUCAGUGUACUACGUCACACACAGAUCUGAAGUGAAUUUUGAUAUGGCACUGAUCUUUCUGUCACAUAGUCCAUUUGGGUAAAUGGAGAUGAUUAUGUAAUAAAAUAAUUAAAUAUUGCUGGUAACUGCUUUUUUUCAUUUUAGUCACUGUGAUCCAUUUUGUUCUCUGAAUGUAUUAUCUUAACAAAACACUCAACUGUUCAUCAUAAAUGUUACCUGAUUCUA